AUGUCAUCUUUCAGUGUCCUUGCUUCAUUGUCGGACGAUCAUUUCUAGUGUUCGAUCUGUCUGAACAUCUUCAGUGACCCAGUUACAACACCUUGUGGUCACAACUUCUGCAAGACCUGCCUCAGUGAGCACUGGGACAGAAGUGAUUUAUGCCACUGCCCAAUGUGUAAUAAAAGAUUCCACGUGAGGCCUGAGAUCUCCACAAACGUGGUCAUCGAGGAGAUUUCGGUCCAAAUAAAGAAGAGGAAAGUUGAGACACCUGAAAACUCUGAUGCACCGUGGCAGGUGACGUGCGAUGUGUGCACAGAAAUAAAGUUAAAGGCCCUGAUGUCCUGCUUAGUGUGUAUGACGUCGUACUGUGAAGCUCACCUGGAGCCUCACCAAAGAGUUCCCUCCCUGAUGAGACACAAGCUGAUUGACCCGGUGGAGAACCUGGAGGAGAGGAUGUGUGAGAAGCAUGAGAGGAUCCUGGAGCUUUUCUGCAGGGAUGAACAGGUGUGCAUCUGUCUGCUGUGCAGUGAGACAGACCACAAAUACCACGAGACGGUGCCUGUUGAAGAAGAAGGGGCUCAACAGAAAGAAAAUAUUGAGUCCAAGAAAGCACAGAUCAAAAUUAUGAUUGAGGACAGAAUGGAAAAGAUAAAGGAAUUUACAGACUCUUCUGAAAUGAGCAGAGAAAAAGCUAAUAAAGAGAUUGAUGACAGUGAUGAGCUCUUCAAUACUCUGAUGAAUCAUGUGCAAGUGGCGCAAACUAAACUAAAAAUGAAUAUCGAGGAGAAGCUCAGAAAAUCACAAGACAAAGACAAAUCGAUGAUUGAAGAGCUGCAGGAGGAAAUCACCCAACUGCAGAAGAAGCACUCUAAGCUGGAGGAGCUUUCACAAAGUGACGACCACCUUCACUUUCUGCAGACGUUGCAGGCCCUGAGCACCAUAUCAAGCACCAAGAACUGGUCCAAGAUCAGGGUUUACUCAGACCUGUGUGUGCAGACGGUGAGGAGAGCCAUGUCUCAUCUUGUGCACACUUUUCAAUUAGAACUGAAAACUCUGACAGAAUCGGAACUGACCAGGAUGAGACAAUACAAAGAGUCAGUCACCUUUGACCCCACCACUGCUGGUUGCCGCCUUGUGGUGUCUGAAUUUGGGAAACGUUUGAAGUACUCCAAAAUUGCAAGCCCCUCAUCAUCGUCUGAUGACUUACUGAGGUUUGACUGUCCCAUGAUCUUAGGGACGAAGGGCUUCACCUCUGGGCGUCACUACUGGGAAGUCCAAGUGGGCCUGAGAACCGACUGGGAUGUCGGUGUUGCCAUGGAAACAGUAACCAGAACAGGGAAGAUCACUCUAAAAAAAGAAAAUGGCUUCUUCGCCAUAGGAAAGAGGGGUUUUGAUUACCAAGUUCAUUGUAUACCCAACAAGGUCCUUCACCUGUGUCCCAGGCCAAGAAAUGUAGGAGUGUAUGCUGACUACAAGGAAGGCAGAGUCUCUUUCUAUGAUGUGGAUAGGAAGUUGCACAUUCACUCUUUCACAGGAGAGUCUUUCACAGAGCAACUGUUUCCGUACUUCUAUCUGUACAGCAGAUACAAGAAAUCGGAGCCUCUGGUCAUUACCUCUAUGCAAGAUCAAGCAUCUCUCUUGUCUCUCAUUCAUUCCCUCCAACAAGCUAAAGAAUAACUGAACUGUAUAAAGACGGUGUAGUCCCUCAUUCGUCCAGGAGUGUUCUAACGUAGAAAAGGUUUCAGUAGUAGUCAUCUGGACACUGUUUUC